AUGGGGACUGCGCUGGAGCCACCCGCUCAAGAUGAGUCCAAGAUGGAUGAGCGGCACCUACCGUUUGACAAGACCUCUGGCCUCUGGAAAGACCGUCAGGUGCGCUUUUGGCCCUUCACCGAGAACCAAGCUCGCAAGCUUCCAAAUUGUCCCAAAUCCAUCGCCAUUUUGGCUCUGGCUGUUGUCAGAGACUACCCCAUCACAUAUGAUCCUGGCCCGGAGUACGCGCGUCAGCUCCUCGCAUAG